AACGUUUUUAAUACUUAUUAUUAUUAUUGUUGUAAAUUUGGCCCCCGGUUGAAGCUUAUAAAUAAAGGCAGCUUUAGAGCAAAGGCAAAGGCAAUAUAGUCAUGGAAGUUGAAAACAUACUACACAUGAAUAUCGGCCAUGGAGAAUCAAGCUACGCGAGUAACUCAUUUCUUCAGGAAAGUGUCAUACGGAAAACUCUGACUGUUUUACAAGAUACAAUCAAGGGAAUGGUUAAUAUCGAAGCCGCCUUCAGCAAAUGUUUCGUAAUGGCAGACUUAGGAUGUGGCACCGGGACAAAUACACUUUUGCUUGCAUCUAUGGUUAUUGAUAUAGUCCUUGAACUGUGUAAAGAAGAUAACUAUAAAGCGCCAAAGCUUCAAGUCUGCUUAAAUGAUCUUUUUGGAAAUGAUUUCAAUACCAUUUUCAAGUUGCUUUCGACCUUUUAUGCAAAUCUUCAGAAGGAGAAGGGAGAAAACAUUGGCUCUUGUUUUGUUUCAGCUAAUCCCGGUUCCUUUUAUGGUCGACUCUUUCAAGAUGAAAGCUUACACCUUGUUCACUCCUCUUAUGCUGUUCAUUGGCUUUCUCAGGUACCUGAAGGCAUUGAAAACAACAAAGAAAAUAUAUACAUGGCGAAAUCAAGUCCACUGAAUGUGUUUGAAGCGUAUAAAAAUCAAUUUCAUACCGAUUUUAUAAAGUUUCUACAAAUGCGAUCCGAGGAAGUAGUACAUGGUGGAUGCAUGGUUUUAACCUUUCGUGGUCGUAGUAGGGCUGAUCCAACCACUGAUGAUGGUGCCCGUAUUUUUGAGCUACUAGCGCAAUCACUACUCAAUAUGGUCAAAGAGGGACUGGUUCAAGAAUCAUAUAUGCACUCAUUCAAUGUCCCAAAUUAUGCUCCAUGCGAGGAUGAAGUCAGGUGUACUAUUCACGAUGAGGGAUCAUUUUCUCUUGAUACCUUUAAUGUUUUUCAAGUAAAUUGGGAUCCAUAUGAUACAGACUACACAAAUGUGAAAGAUUUAGAUGAGCAGAGCCACAUCCAUGGGGAAAAUUGUGCAAAUGUUCUGAGAGCUGUUUAUGAACCUUUGUUGACAUCUCAUUUCGGAAAUUUAAUAAACAUUGAUGUGCUAUUUCAGAAGUUCCAGAAGCUAGUGGCUAAAGAUCUAGCAAACAAAAAAACCAGACACUUUAAUGUAGUCAUUUCAUUGACUAGAAAAUGAGAUACUCAUGUAUUCAAAUCAGUCCGCUGGUUGUGUUAAAACUUUUUGGUUAUUCAACGAUCUAUUCAAUGAGAGAUAUAUAUACUUCGAUCA